ACUUUUUUUCGUAUCGAAUGUUGAAAAAUUAAAAAUACUAUUUGAAAAUUAAUAUUUACGUAGUUAGGUUCAUGUCAAUAUAUUGAGUUUACAAUGUAAAUAUCAUCACUACAUUAAUUUAGUUCCUGACAAUAUUUUGCCACAGUUAAGUGCAUGAUGCUGUUUGUAGAUGUCAAAUUGUCAAUAUAUCCUAGAUCCAGAGCAAUGUUAAACUGAUAAUGGCUUUAAUUGGUGAUCAGAUUGCUGGUACUCAACGGAAACCAGCGUAUGUACGUUUUCAAAACAACACCUGCUAUAGCAUUGAAGUAAAUUGGAUAAAUUUUCACAAUAAUGAACAAACCUAUUGUAUUUUAGAUCCAAACAAAUUUGUAGAUGUAAAUACAUUUUCUACACAUUCAUGGAUUUUUAGGGAAUGUAUAUCAAAAAGUCGGAUGGUUGUUGCUGGAAAAGAAGUAUUCAUUGCGACACCUUGGGUUGAAGAACACAGACGUCUUGAAUUUAAACACCCUAUCAAUGUACCAUUAAGAACGAGGGUUUUAAUUGAAAUGCCAGCUAUGGAUUUAAGACAAUUAUGUUUAUUAAAAUUAGCUCAAAUAUUGAAGACUAAAGAUGACAUAAUCAUGUUGGAAAUACCUAAAACACUUCAAAAGGAAUUAAUAGAAAUGAUAUCAAACAAAGAAGCUUUUAACUAUUCAAUUGACUAACUAAUAGUAUAUAUUUUUUAACUUGUUUUACCUUAUUUUACAAUAAGUAAUAAAUAAAUAUUUUAUAAAUUAUUAAAUGAAAAUAUUGAGUUGAAAGCACCUGCAUAUAGCAUAUAGUAGACAAACCAAUUGUUACAAAAUAAGUCUGCUUAACUUAAAAAUCUAGUUAAUCUUCAUCUUGUUUGGUUUAAAGUAUUCCUGUGAAUGAUGGGUAUUUACAUGCAUAUAAAUAUAAGAAAAUAAUAGUUUUGAUAA